AUGCAUCCAGAACGCUGCGAGGGAAACGCUCUCGGCUCUAUUGCCGUAGAAGAAGUUUGCCUUUGCAUCUGCGGAAACAAAACGUCCACGUACAAUUCUGUAUGUGCCGCGCGCAGCGCUGCCGACUUCAGCCAAGAAAAGCGUCUUAGGAGGAAGUUGCGUCGUCAACAGCAACAAGACCGUGAUAACGAGUGGACGUCAAAAGCGAAGAAGUUUGAAAAGGUGUGGAAGGAAAAGAACCCGCGGAAAACCCGCUUUACUAAAACAGUAUAG